GUAGCGCCAUCUGUGUGUAGUUUCUUUCUGGAAUUUUUACUUUAAACUGUGAAAGUUUAUGCAACAAAUUUUAAUUUAAUCUUUGUUAUGAUUGAUGUAGGAAAACGAAAACAAAUACUUGAGUCUAUGUAUACGUGACAUAUUUAUGACCAUAUUGUUUUAAGCUAAUUACUUCUUGCAUCCUUUUUUAUGUUUAUUUUAUAAUUUUGAACUAAUAUACUGAAUAUCUCCAAAAAGCAUGAAAAUGGGAGAAGAUACUCCUGUUUCAGCCCUUGUGCUGCCUAUACUCGUUGGGCCUAUAUUAGAGAAGCUUGAGAGAAAAGAUAUUUCUGCUGCACAGACUUUAAAAGCUGCUGUUUCAAAGGUAGAAAAUGUUCAUCCUGGAUUUUUAUAUGAUUUAGUCAUGGGUUUAGUGAAACAAGCUGAUCUUUCCGUUAAUAUGGCAGAAAGUCUUCUAAAACUUCAAGGUUCGGUUCCUGAUUGUGAAGAUUAUAAAUCAACUCGCCAUGAAGAUGCAUUUCAAGAGCUGAAUAAAAAAUCUUCUUCUUUGAAAAGAAUAUUAAGUCGCAUACCAGAUGAAAUUAAUGAUCGAAAGACAUUUUUAGAAACAAUAAAAGAAAUUGCAAGUGCCAUAAAAAAACUACUUGAUGCUGUUAAUGAAGUUUCGGGAUAUAUUCCAUCACAGACUGGAAAACAAGCUUUGGAUCAGAGGAAGAGAGAAUUUGUCAAAUAUUCAAAACGCUUCAGUAAUACAUUGAAAGAUUUCUUUAGAGAAGGACAAUCACAGGCUGUUUUUCUCAGUGCCAUUUGUUUAAUUCAUCAAACCAACCUGAUCAUGAUCACUGUCAAGCAUAAGUGUGAUUGACUUUCAUUGUGCUAGCUUUAAUUCUUCCUUCAUUAAGUAUAUUUAGAAAGUUUUUCAUUUUAUCUCACACUUAUUUGUGAGGCUCUCAUUUGUAUAAAGGAAUAUUUUAAAUCUUUUAUGGAUACUAGUUUCUUAAUUUUUCUUACCUAUGACUGGUUAAAUAAUAUAUAGGUAAAAGAUUUAACUAUUAUUAUAAUGUUAUACAAGUCAGAAUGUUUGGUGUAAUAUAAGUCUCUGUUGUUUCAUUAUAAAAUAUUUAUAGAGUUCUGUUACUUUUAUUGGUGCUUUGAAAAGCCCCUGUGUAUAACAUUUUAUUUGUAAAAACUAACGUUAAAAUAAUUAUAUUUUGAUUUUUGAAAACAAUGUAUAACAAUUAACGUCCAAGGUUUCUGUAAAGGUUUUUCUAUCAAUUAUUAAAAUUUCUUGUGCCAUAAAGAUAAAACAAGUGUUUAUUGCUCUCCAUACUAAUUAUAAAAUGUUUUAAAUCAAUUUCUAAUUUUUAGUGUAGUUUUGUCCAAUAGAUUAAUAAUGCAUGGAAAACUUUUUUUUAAACGAGUUUACAUAAAAUUAUAAAUCUGAAUAAUGAUUUAUAUUUUAUUAUCGUAUAUAAUGUUAAUAAAGUUAGCAAUAGAUAAUAAAAAUAGUUUUAUUGGUAGAGAAACAGGUGGUUUUUAUUCCUUAUAAUAAAAACUUUAGUUUAAUUUAAUAUUCUCUUAUGGUUCUAAAUCUUAUUAUUUUGAUUUGCUUUUUAACCUCUAUUUAUUAGGAUUGCAACAUAACAUUAAAAUUUUGGCCAGAUUUAUAAGAAGUAUGUUUUAAGCAAAUAAAAAACAUUAGCUGGAAAAGGUUUUACACUCAUAAAUUAGAUCAAAGAGAAAAUCUAAAAAUGCUUGAUAAAAAAAUAUUGUUUUUGCGUCUUUAACAGAACUGCGUAAGUUUUGUGAGAUGCUGCUAGAAUCUUGACUAUAUCAUACUAAUAAAAUAGCUUAUACAGCGAUUUCCUAAUAUUUUCUAUUGGUGACUUUUUUUUUAAUUUUUUAGUUGAUUGUUCAAUGCAUUCUAAAUUAGUUCUAGUAAGAACAAUUUGCAAGUUAGUUACAAAUGUUUUUCCUUUAAAUGUUUUUGCAUGCCCUGUUGGGGUAGUUAGGGCAAACUUGGGACCAUUGACUUAACAUAUUCUUCCAGAACAUAUUGCAUAAUUGGUUAAAAGGUGAUCUUUUCUCUCAAUGUUAUUAAAGGCACCAAAAAUGUUUCUCUUGCCCAAGAAUUUGUUUUUUAUUUUAGGGAGAGUGGAAAUUUUAAACUUCUAAUCAAGCUGAAAUGUACCUUUGUGUUAAAAUUUUCAUAUGCAUUAGAAUUAUUUUUUGACAUUCGUUAUACAUGAUUAACAUCAAGAGCAGUAUCUUUUUCUGCUGAUAUUAAGAGCGGAAAUGGGUAUCCAUCUUGUCUACUAAAUUAUAAUCAUUAAUGUAUUUAUUUUUGGCAGAAUUUUUUUUAAAAUGAUUUCUUAAGAAAAAUACUAAUUUACAUUAAGCUAUAACUAAUUUUGUAAUUAGUUUCUUCCUAAUUUUUAAAUUUAUGAUGAUUAAAUAAACUAUGACAUAUAAUUUUCAUUGUAUUAUUUUAAAAUGGUAUCUCUAAAGUAAUGAUAGAGAAAACUGGUUGAUUCAAACUAUUUUUUUGAAAAAAUAUUUUGUUUAUUAUUCACUGUGAUGAAUUUUUAUUUUACCUAACAUAUUGAAUGUAUCCAAAUCAUUAAAACUUCAUCACUUAAUAUUGUUUAAUUUAACAUAUGUCAGUAUGUUCCAAAUAAAAUGUUUAUGCAUAGACAUUUGUACAAAUUAUAUAUAUAAUUUUUUAUUUAACUGAUACUGGUUUGAUGGUAAAUACUUUGGCAAUUUCUUUUUUAUAGUAAACUGUUGUGUAUUUACUAUAUCAAAAAUAUAUUAACAAAUUUUGAAUUAUUUGAAAAUGUCUAUUGCUGUCCAUUUAAAUAAAUUAUUUAAAGGUAUAUAUUAAGUUUUGCAUCUUUGUAUAUAAAGAAGCUAAAGCAUAUUUUGUUAUUUGAUUCCAGUAUUUGCUAAAGUAUGUACAAGGUGCUGGAUAUUUUACUGUAAUGUGUUUUAUGGGAUUACCUGUGAUAAUAAAUCAUAAUUUUAGAA